AUCGCGAUUCUUUCGUCGCUCGGGCCUGGACCGUCGCGCGGCGCUCGCGUCUCCCGCCACCGCCGCCGCCGCGAGUGCAGGGAGUCUCCUUGCACGAGCGACGAAGAUGCCAAGGCCCCAGGCUCAGCGCGGCGCGGUGCAGGGCGAGGAGAAGCCCUACGUGUGCACAGUGUGCAACAUGAGCUUCACGCAGAUCGGAAACCUCAAGGACCACCAGCGCAUGCACACGGGCGAGCGGCCGCACGUGUGCAUGGAGUGCGGCAAGGAUUUCCUGCACUUGUCCUCGCUGCGGGCCCAUCACCGCACGCACACAGGCGAGCGGCUGCAUGUGUGCAACGAGUGCGGCAAGGGCUUCUCGGACACGUCCAACCUGAAGAAGCACGUGCGCACGCACACGGGCGAGCGGCCCUACAAGUGCGAUGAGUGUGGAAGGGGCUUCUCGCAGGCGUCCACACUCAAGGUUCACCAGAGGUCCCACCGCGAGGCUAUCGAGAAGGCGUCCGCCGUCGACACCAAAACCCCCAAGAGGCGGCAGAGGGGCAAGGGCCAACAGCCGCACAUGUGCACGGCGUGCGGGAAAGUCUUCAAGCACCUGUCGUCCCUCAAGGUCCACCGGACCAUCCACACGGGCGAGCGGCUGCACGUGUGCGACGAGUGCGGCAAGGGCUUCUCAGACACGUCCAACCUGAAGAAACACGUGCGCACGCACACGGGCGAGCGGCCCUACAAGUGUGGCGUGUGCGCCAAGGGCUUCUCGCAAGCAUCCACCAUGAGGAUUCAUCAAAAGAUGCAUUCCCUGGAGACGCCGGUCCCGGGAGAGGAGGUGCAGGUGGAGGCUGGGAGCUACGAGCUGCCAGAUGAGAUGGGCCCCCCAGGAGAUGGACCCGUGCCCCUUGGCUGGGUGGACGGGGAGGAGGACGCAUUGGGAGACCGGGAUGUGGAAAGUGAAUGUGACAUGUUCAGUGACGGUGGGGUAAACGAGAAGCCGUACAUGUGCACGGUGUGCGACAAAAGGUUCGCCAACGUUGGAGGCCUCAAGGACCACCAACGGACACACAGGGGCGAGCGGCCGCACGUGUGCACGGCAUGCGGCAAGGACUUCCUACACCUGUCCUCCCUCAAGGCCCACCAGCGAACGCACACGGGCGAGCGGCCGCACAUAUGCAAUGAGUGCGGCAGGGGCUUCUCGGACACGUCCAACCUCAAAAAGCACGUGCGCACGCAUACGGGCGAGCGGCCCUACAAGUGCGGCGAGUGCGAAAGGGGCUUCUCGCAGGCGUCCACGCUCAAGAUCCACCAAAAGACCCACCGCGACAAGGAGGCGAAGGCCGCCCUGGGCCUGGCCGUGAAGUAGGCGCCGACGCCCACGGCCCUGCUUGUGCCGGCGGCUCAGCGAAGGUGCAGGUGGAAGGGGAGUUCCGUAGCUCCGACGCGUUUUUUUUAAUUAAAAAAAGAAAAUCUGACAUUUUUGCAUUGCACUGCAAUUCUGUCACAGUUCAUUCAAAAGUGAAAAUGUUACUUUGCAGUGAUGAGGCGUUUACUCCAAAAGCAGGAAAGUGUUGGGCUAAAAAUUGGAACGUAAUGUAUGUUUUGGAAUUUUGGGAAGGGUGGUUGGUGUCUGUUUGGUGUGCUUUGCUCUAUUUUGGGUCUUCUUAAAACUGCAGUUGUUUUGUUUUUGUGUUCCCAACUGUGCGUAGACCACUGAGGCAGGAGCACUGGAAUUUGACAUUUGCUGACUGUUGUACUCAAAAGGUCAUGUAACGAUACUUGGACCUUGUUUUAAUUGCUUUUUCUAUCUGCUGUGUACGAGUAACCACGCUACGGUAAUGCUUAGCGUUCCCCUAAUUCCCGGAAGGUAUAUGUAAUGUAAAUAUUACAAUACUGUGUUCGUUGUGCUCUAAAUACCAUGGAGCGUUUUUUUAAUAUUACAUGAUAAAAGGCUAAAAUACUAAUUUCUUCAAUCAUCGAACAUUUUUUGGCCAGAGCUUGGGGAUAUUUAAAAAAAGGUGCGCCACGGUGGUGAGAAGUUAACUAUCUUGCCUGGUAUACGGGAUGUCAUGGGUUCGAUCCCGACCCUGACGCCUGUAUAUUUGUAAUUUGCAUCCUCUCCCCGUG